AUGGCAAGCAUCCUGUCUCAGCAUUGCGAAGAGCGCCUGGUCUUCCAAUUUCGCGUCGAUAACCUUCGCGCGAUGUUCAAUCUCAUCGACGCGGACUCAGGUGUUGACCAGUACGACACCGCUGUCUUUGGACCAGGCUUCUUCUUCAGAAUAUCUGCGUACCAGAGCGAUGACCAUGGGCCAUGCUUCAAUCUGGGCCUAUGCGCCAGUGACGACCUCUUGCAGCCCGUGCAUGUGGAGGUGACGGUCGAUGGACGGUCUCGAGACAACGAGACUGCCUGGUUUUCUUAUCAGGAUGCUCGGGAUGUCCGUGCGGCUGGUGAUGUUCUUGUAUGGGACAACGUCCUCUCUGCAAGCUUUCUGGACGAUUGCGUCAAUCUGCGACGCGACAAUGCCUUGGUGGUCAUGGCCGUGUUGAAGUUGACGCGCCUAACGCCACCGCCUGCGAGGUUGUCCCCGGACGCGUUGGACCUCUUGUACCAGUCUCUCGAGAGCAAGGAGCCCCCGACCGUGCGUUGGGUUGCGUUCUCUGCGCGCAGGCCCGACGGUACCUUGACUAGGCCGCAAAGCGUAUUCGCUCCGCGUGACAUCCUAGUCUCUUCUUGCGAGGAAAUUGAACAUUCAUGGGAGGAGGGUCUUGCGUUGCUGGAUGGAGCGCUAUGCGACUCAGAGAGCCUUCCACCAGGUCUCGACGGUAACGCGAUCGACGACCUAGCUGCCUUCAGCGACUACGAGAGCGAUUAUGACGACGACGAUAUCAAUGUCGAAGAGGACCUCAGCGGGACCAAGCCGCUUCGAGGGGUUCAUUCUUUGCCUGACAUGAUCGAUUCGGAGGCCGACAUCACCGAGGAACCACUGGUCCUGGUUGACGGCGAAGCCAAUGCCACCACGGCCAGCGAAGGGAGCAGCACAGGAUUCAGUUCGCUAUCUCUGGGUGACGAUACGAAGCUGGAAGACAUCCUGUUGAGAGGGGUUGCACAUCGAACCUGGCAGGCCCUCAUCUACUAUCUGUACACCGGGAUCGUCGUAUUCGCCCCUUUGAGUAGCAACGGAAAGGAGGCACGAGACUCGUUCCUGGCCGAUUACAAGAAGUCAUAUCCCAACAGACCAACGCCGUCGUCUUGCAAAGCAUUAUACGACGUAGCCGUGAAGCUUGGUCUCAACGACCUACAAAAGCGGGCGUUCUCUUUCCUGCGCCGACAACUCAAUGAGAAGAACAUCAUCGACGAGCUCUUUAGUCCGCUUACUUCACGACAUGAGCCUGUCCGUACGAUGGAGGUCACCUUCCUCGUGCAGAACUGGGAUACGCUGACGAGAGACUCCGCGCUCGAAGAGAAGAUCGACGAGAUGGCGCGCGGGGAGCGACCCUAUGCUACAGCUCUCGUCAUGCAUAUCUUCCGCGCGGUCGCUGCCACCGAGUGCCGUACAACGCCAGAGGCCGAGGAUCCUAAGCAAUGGUGGGACGGCGUGCGCGACGAUCGCUCCGACAGCAGCGACGAGACGUACUCGUAUUAUUCGAGCGACUGCGAUAAGACAACGGACGAUGACAUGGACUACGAGGCCGAGACGGCGGAAGUAGAGAGGGAGGCGAAGCUAGAGGCAGCGGAGGAAGCAGAGGCGAGGGCUCGAGAAGCAGAGGCGGAAGCGAGAGCUCGAGAGGAGGAGGCGAGAGCUCAAGAAGCAGAGGUGGAAGCAAGAGCAAAGAAAGAAGAGGCGAGGAGGAAAGCGGCGGCCGCUGAAGCAGAGGCAGGGGCUCGGGCAGCUGAGGCGGAUAGGAGGGCAAGGGAGGAGCAGGUGAGGAGAGAGGAGGCAGCGGCAGAGUCAGCGGCAAGAGCAAGGGAAGAACAAAUGAGGAGAGAGGUGGCAGUGGCACAAACAGAGAGUGAGGAAAGAGCGAGGAGAGAGGCGGCAGCGGCGGAAGCGAGGGCAAGAUUAAGGGAAGGAAGUGGGUUCGCAUUGUUCCCAAGAACUCAAGACGCUCUGAAGGAGCUAGCGGUGAGGCUCGACGUCCCAGUAGAAGAUAGGUGGAAGAUGGAAGAGGCAGAGGAGGGCCCGAAGAGUAUUAACCCUUUUCGGUCAGCAACGGAGACUAGCCCGAAGAAGUCAAACAACGCCAGACGUGGAGGGGUUCGAAGCGGUAGAGAUAGAGCAGAGGCAAGUACAUAA